AUGGCAGCCUUUCUUACUUCUCCCCUAUCAUACUGGGCCCACAAGAACUCACGUGAUGUUAUCUUAGAAGAUGCUACAGCGACUAAAGCGACUUUGAUUGGAAUUGUGAAAUCAACGUGGGAUCCUACAGUGGUUGGAGCAGGACAAGAUGCAGCCCAUCUAAAGCAUUCAGCGGUCGAGAUCACUGAGGUGAAAAGAGUAGAAAACGCCUCUGUGUUUCAUUCAUACAGUAAUAAAAAACUAGAAUUUGAGAAGAGAGGAAGACCGUGUCCAUCUAUUGGAAAAAUCUCCCAAGAUCUAGCAAACUUUAAGAAGGGGGAAAGAAACCCAGCUGUAAAUGAGUACUACCUGUUCCAUGGCACAAAGGAUGCACUCAGUAUUGCUAAGACAGGGUUUCAAACCCGCUUCGCUGACCCUGGAAACCUUUAUGGGAAGGGUAUAUAUUUCACGGAUAGUUUCGAAAAGGCAGAUAUGUAUUCGGAUGACAAACAUAACCGCACGCCACUAGGGACAGAGCUGACAGUAAUAAUGGCCCGAGUAUUGCUUGGUCGCGCGUCCAAAUGCAGUAAGGAAGAUGCUAAGAAACUGACACGACCACCGUGCUUGCAGCACGCAGGGAUAUGUACAUGUGGACCUCUACAAAGAUAUGACUCGGUCGAAAGUAUUCACCUUCUGUUCCGGGAAUUCGUCGUGUACAAUGGAAACCAAUGUUACCCAGAAUACAUCAUCACAUACAAAAGAACAAGAGAACAA